AAGGUAUCGAGUUGCCAAUGUUGUGAGUCUGCUGCAGUUUAUCGGUGUUUAACAUGUGAAAUGUUCAUGUGUGAAAAUUGUUCCAAAUGCCAUGCAAGAUGGCCGGACCACAAGAAGCAUACUGUGUUGUCUAUCAACGAGUUGAACAGUCCUGAAGGUCAAGCCAAGAUAAAAAGCAAACUUUAUUGUAAGAAACAUCAAGAUAAAACACUCAAGUUUUACUGUGAAACAUGCAAGGUAAGAUUUUUUGUUAUGCAUAACUGCCAGAUACUCUAUAGUUUUCCACCGCGUUACACGGGCGAGUUAAUCCUGCAUGCUAUUGAAGAACAAGGGUAGGGUAUUAUUUCAUGUUGCUGACUACCCUGUAAUACGUUUGAAAACUCAUGUACAUGUAUGCAUGUGUGUUGAGUUUUAGUAAUUUCUUCUGUGCUUUAAGGGUUUUUCUAAGGGUAUACUCUGGUUUCCUCAAUUGCCAGAAACGUGGUUGUGCAAUGGUUGCUCUUAAUAAGGCACUGGCAAGCCUUCCGCUGUAUCGUGUUUCAGCUGCAUCCAUUGCAAAGUCGCGUAGUAUCCCUCCUCCAAUGAUGAAAAAAUAUUUUAUUUUCUGGGACCGCAGGGGAGGUAUCGACGGUUCACUGCUGCAGUUAUUUAACUGCUUAUGUGUUACUGAGAAAAAGUCUCAAAUUAAUUAGUAUAUUUGGGUGAAAACAACAUUUACUGCUGAAACUUUGUCUAGGUUGGCUUGUAGUCUUCACUUUUGUAUACAGUUGGGAUGGUGUGGGUUAAAAUUUUACUAGAAAUACAAACCCGUUAUCCGAUAAUAAUUUGGGAAAUUGAUGCCGUCAUCUGAGAAUUUAAGAGCAAUCUCGAAAUAAGAAAAGGGACUGAGAAGAUACAAAAUUGCAUUUAGCUGGAUGUGAAACUACUGUAAGCAUAGUGUUUGGCAAACAACUAAAUAGUAACUACUAAACUAUAAUUUUUAUUUACACACUGCUUGUAUGUUUUCGCUUGCAAGCAAAAAUUAUCAAAGUGACCAGGAGAUACUGUAUAUGCCGUUGUUCAUGUAGAUGUAAUUCGACACUUUGAGAACUUUUGUAAAUUGUUUUGGUGUCGAGAAGAAGCCAUUGGGGAGGCAUGUGUGGAGUGAUACAACUACGCAUUUCACUCAAAACAUAAAUAUUAAUAGAAAAUUAAUACUAUGCAUCUUUAUUGUCAGUAGAUGCCAUCAAACAAAUUUAAUCCAUCAAGCUUAUAAGGAUGUAGAAAGAAUUCAUUUUAAAAUAGUGAUAUUCAUCCACUUACUUAAACUGUUUGGGAUUGAGAGUAAGCCAUUAUAAGGACAUUUUUAGGAUGCGGAGAAACUGGUUCGGGUUUUGUAACGCUACAGUAAUUACAUUUUACUUUGCUAACCAUGUACGUCUCAUGCUAUACGAGUUCAUUUUUGUUGUUCCCCAUUUGGGAGCUUUUCAACGUACGUUGGACUAGAGUUUCUCUACACUCAGUUUAAUCCCUCUUAUUUCCCCUACAUGUAACUUUAUCACCUGUUAAUUCACGGACAAUACUGUGAUGCUUGGCAACUUGCGUUGUGAAUUUAUAAGAAACUUCAAAUGAGAUUGCAAUUGAUUGAAAUCUUCAAAACAUUUUCCUGUGCGAUUGUUUUGUAUGCAUGUGUGAGUGUAGCUGUUAAUGUUUAUGACUAAUACGUCUCUUUUAAUUCUAGGAACUAAGCUGCACUCAUUGCAUGGUCUUAACCCACAUCAAACAAAAUCAUUCAUGUGUAUCUGUUGAGGAAGUCGCGGAGAAACAUAGAGAAAUAUUGGAAUCAAGUUGCGCCACACUUGAUGAGAAAUUAUUUGAAGGAAAGAAAGCAUUAAACAAUAUCUCUGGAGUCAUGAAAUCUCUUGAAGAAAAUGCCUCAGCGACCAAAGAAAAAAUCGUGGAACAAGCCAAGAUUAUCGUGAAGGUCGUGUCUGACCAGCUUGUUGAAAGAACGAAGGAAAUGUGUGGGGAAGUUGAUGAGAUUUAUGAUGAAUUACACACUGAACUGAGCCGGCAACAUGACGAAGUUAAGGAGUAUGUUGAUAAAGUACAAGGUAGUUUUAGUCGUAAAGAGAGAUUCUUCGACAUAAUGGUUUACUAUUCUAAGGGAUUUAUUGAUUAUAUCAGUUUAAUGAGAGAAAAUAGUUAUUGGCGAAAAAUUACGGACAUACUUUAUUAAUUCUACUUGCUUCCUAAUUUGGUUAUCACGUUGAAAAUGACCUCAAUAGCAAACAGUAAAUCAUAUUACACGAUAAUGUAAAUAGUAAAAUAUCAGAAUCAGGUAUAGAUCGUUUACAACUUGCAUGAAUCGCUGCUUGAAAAAGAAUGUCUAUCGAAUUUCAAGUACUGCCUGUUCUGUUCAAAGUAAUUUUUACAGAGGUUCGUUUUCACUACAGUAUAUUUGUUUUUUUUAAAGUAAACUGAAGUAGCAAACGAUUUACAUGAUCGUAUAAUACACUGUUUAGUAGUGUUUACCAUAUUUCAACGUGAUAUGCAACAUUACAAAGUAAACAGCCUGAACGUAAUAAUAGAAGUGAAUUUUUGUGGCAAAUUUCGUGGCUACAACCCACCUUAAACAAUGAGCUUUUAAAAUCCAAGUUUGAGGAUAAAGUCUAAUUAACAAACUACGUUUGUGUGAACAAAGAGAUGCACAUGCGCACUCACACGGAAUAUGCGAUCUAGCCUGUAGUAACACCCACGAAUAAGUUUUUCUAUGCGCAUGUAUGUCAAUGCCAAUCUCUAAGUGCAGUAAAUGUGUCCAAGUUUGCAUCUGAAAAAGGUUUUUAUUUGGGCGCGCGAAAAUGCAAGUGGGUGGAAUUUAAAGCGGAUGGGAGGUGAAAACAUUUUCAGAGGAGAGGCAAAUUCGUCUACCUUGCAGGAAUUUGAAGCCAUUAUAAAUUCGGAGCGUUAAGUCGCUUGGACGAUGGAAAUAUUCAACUUUAAGUACAAGUAUAUACCACUAAAGAAGAGCUUGUUUGUUUUUUCGAAAAUAUCGAUUCUUGAAGUUUCCAGUUUGCCUGGUAGUUAGCGCUAAUAGUUAAAACAAGUACAACCAUAUAGCAAUGUUAUUUUAAUAGC